AUGUUCUGGAGAUUCGGCGGCUUGAACAAUUCUGUUAUUGACUCACUUUUGGAUAAGGAGGAUCUAACUUUAGAAGAAUUGUUGGACGAGGAUGAAUUACUCCAGGAAUGCAAAGCACAUAAUAACAAGUUAAUUGAAUAUAUUAUCCUUGAUAGAACCAGUCUUCGUGAUCCGUCAAUUCUCUCCCAACUGCUGAAUUAUAUAAUCCGUGAAGACUUGGACGAAAAUCAGAGAUUCAAAUACCAAUACGUUGCAUGCGAAGUUUUAUGUUGCGAAAUUUGGACAAUUUGCGAGGCCGUUAUUGAAAAUGUAGAUUUACUAAAUUCAUUUUGGCAAUUCUUGGAUCGUGCGCCACCACUGAACCCAUUGCAAGCAAGUUAUUUUACCAAAGUCAAUGUGGUGUUCUUGCAAAAAAAAAUGAGUGAGAUGGCAAAAUUUAUUCAAUCCAUUCCUAACGUUGUAAAAAAAAUGUUGAAUCACAUGGAAACACCCACUAUCAUGGAUUUAUUGCUCAAGCUUAUUAGUGUGGAGGAGUAUCCAGAAGGCGCUGGGGUGAUUGAUUGGUUGAAUUCAGAAGGUCUUGUCAACGAAUUAAUUUCUCGUUUAGAUCCUUAUCUUGAACCUGACGUACACUCAACUGCAUCUCAGGUUCUUAUCGAAAUCAUCAACGUUUCUCAAUCAAGCAACCCUGAGCAAGGAGGAGUUGGUCCAAAUGCUCUGAGUAGAGAGCUUAUCAGCGAAAAAACUGUUACGCGUCUCGUCAACUAUAUGCUCGAUCCCGACGCACCAAAUUCGACUUCAACAUUGACAAACGGUGUAUCCAUAUUCAUACAAAUCAUUCAAAAAAACUACUGCGAUUAUAACGAGGAAGCGAUGCUUUCCUUAACACCACAACAACAGCAACAUCCCAUUGUUGACCUAAGCGACAUGUUGCGAGUUUUGGCUAAUCGUAUAGGCGACUUUAAGGCACUACUUGAAAAACCAAAGUCUGUGUCAGGCCAAAUUGAUACAACCAUCGGGAAAAUGGUUCCCCUCGGUUUCGAGAGGUUUAGGAUUUGUGAACUUUUCGCAGAAUUACUUCAUUGUUCAAAUAUGAGGUCACUUAAUGUUAUUCGACACGAGGUUCCUACCAAUGGAUUUUACGAAUUGAAACACACCGAUGAUGGACAUGGUUUCAUUCAAGGGAAUCCGAAAAAAGAAAACGUUCGGGAAGCCGAGAUUCAAAGUAUUAAGGACGCGAAUCAGAAUGACUCAAAUCAGUCGGGGUCUAGCCAGGAACCAUCGAUCUCAUCAGUUUCAUCCCCUAUACUAAUGGAUAUUGUGGAGAACGCACCGACACCUCCGAGUUUGGAGCGCAUUGCGAGCUCUGAUAAUUCCAAUGGAUUGAUCUCCACUCAGAUCCCAGUUGGUGACAUAUUAAAAGCUAAAUUCGUCGAAUACAAAAUCAUGCCGACAUGUUUGGAUUUAUUCUUUAACUUUAAAUGGAAUAAUUUCUUACAUACCGUUGUGUAUGAUAUGACCGCACAAAUAUUUCACGGACCAAUGGAUGUUGGCUACAAUAAAGCUUUGGCUAUCUCAGUUUUUACCGAUGGACAACUUACUAAACGUAUCACGAAUGCGCAGAGUGAACAACCGAAAGGCGUAAGGCUGGGUUAUAUGGGACACCUAACGUUCAUUGCCGAAGAAGUCGUGAAAUUACUUGAUCUAUACGCAGUAGAAAUUGGUGAAAAGGUUACAGAAUAUAUUGAAGCCGAAGAUUGGCAGGAAUAUGUAUCAAAAACUUUACGUGAAACAAGAGAACGUGAUCGGGCACAUCUAGGUGGUCAACGCCCGAGUAAUCACGAUAGCACGUCGCCUAGUCGCGAAGAAAGCGAGGAAGACGAUGAAGACGAUGAUAACCCAAUCGAAGCAGUUGCCGAUGGUGAUACGGCUAGUGAUCAGUUUGCGAGAUAUUUAUGUCAACAGAUUACUAAUGAUUUACCUGACAAAUUUGGCUCAUCGGACGAGAGUGAUGAUGACGAAGAAGGUUGGAUGGGUGAUGAUUUUGACAGGGAUGAUUUUGAAAUGCGUGGGUCUUUUGGAAACCCUAAUAUGCUUGAGGGAGAUCCUUUUGAAAGUCGAAGGUCUUCGUUGGGUGAUGAUUUUGGAGCUGAUAGCGACGAUGAAGAUCCAUCCAGCCAAUGGCCUUCAUCGAAUAUUCAAGAGCAUAAACAACUUCUUACUAUUGCUGACUGGUCAGCGGAUUUCCAAUCAGGUUUUAAAGCACCUAACACGACACAAAUUUCCGACUCUGCUACAACUAAUCAAUCCUAUGCGAUCAAUACUUUCGUUUCUACAAAUCGGCAGUCUAAUGCUUCUUCAUCUAUCUCAAAUUUAGCGCCAAAAGAAACUAAUGUUCAACAAACCCUUACGCUUGUAAAUAUUAAAGAAAAUGAAAGUGGAAAGGAUUCUGACGUGAAGGGAUCUAUGGAGACAUCGAUUCAUAUUACUUCAGUUUCAGAUAAUUCGAAUACACGAGAUUCUACGGAUUGGGGUGUGGAAAGAAAUCUACUUACGGACUUUGCUACCCUUGAUAAAAUGGGUAUCGGUGUGGAUAGUGAUGAUAAAGUUCAAAAUGAUACUUGCAAUGUAGUUGAUGGGAAUUCGACCGUUGAAAAAGCAUGA